AUGAAAAAGAGCCACCUCUCAUUUGCCAGGGUCAUCAUGCUGGUAUGCAUCUCCUUCAUGGCGCUCGCCCUAAUUCAUAUCCACUAUAUCAGUGUCUUUCGCCACGCUCGCGAACACCCCAACAGCAACGACAUCGAUACUGAGACCCUUAUCUCAAAAGAACAUGAGCUCCCACCAUCUUACGAAUCCGACUCAGCACCGCAAUCAACACCACCUCCAGCGCCCUCCACAACUGAAACGAAUUUGACGACGACGACUCACUACAGCAAUGGCACGAUCAAAACAGAAUUCAAGCCAGCAUUCUACAAGGACCCUAGUGCUGCCCGCAAGGAAAUAGGGUCGUUUAUGGAUACCCUUGCCAAGCGCACCUGGUGGGACCACAAGAACACUCAGAACCCGAAGGAGGUUGUUGCACCACCACCAACGAAUGUCUUCUUCGCGUACCUGCCCAUGGGCGGCGGAAACAAUCAGUUCACGUCGCUUCAGAAGGCAGCGAUCCUCGCCAAGGACCUCAAACGCACCUUGCUCAUUCCCCCUAUCAGUCCCAAUUCACAUAUCAAGGUCUGGUCUGGUCCUAGAUAUUCAGAAUUCUACGACCUCGAGGCCUUCUCGGUAAAGAGUGGUAUCCCAGUCCUAGAAUGGCACGAUAUCAAGCACACGCCCGAGAACCCGCCAUCGGAGUUCACCCACAACUGGCCGAGCUUUAGUGAGGAGUUUCCUUGCAUCCCAAACGGCGGCAUCGGUGUUAAUGACAAGAACCUGUACGACCACUUCCGGACCCAGUUUUUGAUGGACUUCAAAGCCACGGUCCCUGCCAGCGACAAGACGAUGGGCAAAUCCGGGGACUUCAUCCAUGCACGCGACGUCCUCCUCAAGGAUGCGAACCCAGACAAGCCCGAGAUGUGGAAAUGCCUUUCGUGUCCAUACUUCCUCGGUAGCGAGGAACUGAACGACCGCGCGUGGCACGAGGUUGGACUCCAUCUGAAGUUCAACGACAAGAUCGAGACCAUGGUCGACGAGAUCUUGGAUCUGCUGCUCCCCCCUGUCAAAGAGGACUCCGGACGUCGCCACCCUGAGUUCAUUAUCAUCCACUUGCGCCGUGGAGAUAUCGUGAACAAGUGCAAGCCGGGCCAAGAUGAGAAGGAAUGCUUGGUGCAGAUCGAGGAGAUCGCCGAGAAGGUUGACGAGAUCGAGAAGCAGCGCCGGAUCAAGGCUCUGGAAUCUGUGAACGACACGAACGCUGAGGUCGUGCUCGAGCGGUUACCGGUGCUGGUCGCAACCAACGAGAAGCGGCCCAAGGAACUCGAGAAGCUCGAGAAGUUGGGUUGGAUCAUGCUCGACCACGGCGACUCCGUGAAGGACACAGAAGGCAACGAGGUGUCGUCAAAGACCAAGAAACUGGGUACCAUGACGACGUUGGGACCAUUCUACCCGCCGAUGUUGGACGCCGUGCUGUUGACCAGAGGCGAUUACUUGAUCGGCAUGUCGAAUUCGAGGAUGAGUCGGCUGGCAACCCAGCGUGGGUCUGCCUGGUAUAGACACAAGGUUAUGCUGAUGUAG